AUGAAAAGACAAAAAGUGGACAACGAGCAACAAUAUAAAGGUGAACAAAAUUACGAUAAACAGCAAGAUAGUAUGCCAAGAUUAACAGUAGCAACUGCAGCCGAUUCUUUGGCCGAAAAAGCUCUUAUUGCCAAUGUGAUUAUGACUGCUGACAGGGACGGUGACAAUUUCCUCUUUGUGGCAAUCAUUAUGCGAAAAACCGAACUGGCCAUCAACUUGAUAAACCUAACUACAGACUACAGCCAGGUAAGAUCAGUAAACAAGCUUCGACAGACGGCGUUGCAUCUUGCAGCGAUUACAAACAAUCCAAAAGUGUCCAGAAGACUUGUUGUAGCAGGAGCGGAGAUUGAGAUGCAAGACUACAAUGGGAACACGGCACUUCAUAUAGCGUGCAUUCAGGGAUGGGCGGGGGUUGCCAGGAGUCUGAUACAGCACGUAUCGUACGAGGAAACGAAACAGAAUUCUUUCAAAAUCCCGUAUGUUCCAAUACCUCAAAACUUUGAAAUAAGAAAUUAUGAUGGUUCGCCAUGUUUAAUGAUAGCAAUAUGCAAAGGUUAUCUCGAUAUUGCUGAUAUGCUCAUAGAUAUUGACGCAGAUAUCAAUACUUUUGAUAUGAAAACUGGUAUGACAUGCCUUCAUGCUGUCACGGAGUUGGGGCAAAUACAUUUAGUACGGUAUUUGUUGCCUAAGCCUAACUUGAAAAUAAAUGCAGAGACAUACUCUGGAUACACGGCUAUGGAAAUCGCCUUUUAUAGAGGAUAUGCAGACGUAGCGGCUUUGCUUAAAGUUUCUGGAGCGGACAGACCAAGACCAAUAUGUAUUAUUGAAAAUCUUGAUUUGGAAGAAGACCGGACAGACUAA